AGCGCACCGGCACGCACGGCCAAGCACGCCAACCGCUCCGCCUGCGCACCGGCCGCGCUGCGCCCGCGCACGGCCCGCCUCGAGCCGUCAUGCUCGCAGCGAGCAGGCGCGCGAGCGGCGACGGGGCGGUAUGAAUAAGCGGCCCGGGCGCAGGGACCUGCAUGCAUCGAUGAGCUCGCGGCCUCUUACGCCAGACCGUCGCAGCGUGAUGGCUUGGCCCCCUCAUCUCGGCACCGUGCUCGCGCCGCUUCUCGUCGAACGUGCACAAGGCGCACCCUGUCGAUCUCGCAUGAGUUCGGCAUCGACGUCUGCGAGUGUGAAUGGCGGCGUCUUGGGAGCGGGCUGAUGAGGCAGGCGUGGGCGCGUUAUGAGGCGCCGGCUGGCAGUCCUGCUGGCCCUCGCCCACCUUCGCCACCGCACUCACCUUCUCUCCACCACUCCACGCUCCUUGCCCGAGAUGCUGCCCUACUUCCACUCCGAGGUCGACUCGCCGGGCCAGACGUACGACAUGACGUACGACGGCAGCAUCGACGACCGCCUCGGCGCGCUGCCGUCGGACCCCAAGACGAUCCAGAUCAUGACGGCCUCGCGGGCGCGGCCGAUGAUCGUGCGGCGCGCACAGCUCGCUGGCCGGCGUGCGACGCUGCACGGCAGCGUGGACGCCAGCUGCUCGACCGACGUGUACGCCCCGACGUUUGACGACUUUGCCUCGUGCGCGCAGUACUCAACGCCCGACACGACGCUGGCGUCGGGUGACGUCGCGGUGCCGCGGCGGCGCCCGCUCACACUCCCGGCAGAGGACCUCGACCACAAGCUCGAGUUUCUCAACGACGCCGGGCUCGACACGCAUGCGUUCGACACGUCGCGCGACUCGCUGCCGCAGGACGUCGAGGAGGUGCUGCCGAGCACCGACGUGCGCGACGUCUUUGCGCUCAACGGCGCGCGGCCGCCGACGGCCGUCGAUGCCGUCCUUGCCUCUUCUCGUUUCACCUUUACGCCGGCGCUGGAACGCCGCUCAUGGAUGAGCGACGUCGUGACGUCCUCGCACGGCGGCGAGACGCGGGUGCCGCUGGCCGUCCACCUCGCCUCGCGCUUCUCCUUUACCCCUGCAACCGAGCGCACGUCGUGGCUGACGACCCGGCCGUCGCCGCCGCUGCCCUCUUGCGAGCUGCGCUCGUCCGUGGAAGGCCCGCAUGCACCGCUGCGCCCGCCGCUCACCUCGCGCUUCUCGUUCACACCCGCGACGGAGCGCAUGUCUUGGCUCGCCAGCAGCCCGGACCGCAGCCCCGGAUCCAACAGCUCGACGCCGCUGGACGGCGAGGGCGGCUUUCCUCUCACGCCGGUCUCGAACAAGUCGACCGAGCGCAUCCUUCCUGCGCCUUCUCCGCCAUUUCCGCUGCGAGACAUCGUGUCGCCGAGCUCAGACGACCUCGCGUCGCAGUUCAUCUGCCCGCCGUCAGAGGCGCCGCCGUCUACCGCACCGGCACGGACUCGCUUGCCAUCCGCCUGCGCGCCGCCGGUCGUUGCACUUCAGCCAAGCUCACCGCGGCGCGAUGCCCUCGAUCUCGAGAUCGUCGUGCAUCGCCCGACGCUCGUCACCUCUCCGUCGGCGGCCGGUCCGGUACCAGCCGCGGCCGAGGCGCUGCGCCGGCAGGCCCUGCUGCACCUCUCUGGCAUCAUCUUCGCGCUCGCCUGCACGGCCGCGGUCUACCCGCUCACGCUCUCCAUCCUGACGGGCGCUCAGCAGAUCGCCGGGCACGUGCUCUUCCCGCUGCUGCUCAUCGCCGAGGUGCUGCUGCUCGCCAACCUGCUGCGCUUCCACUACCGCCGCAUCCACGCCAACGCCGAGCUGCUCGGCCGCAAGACGGCCACCUCGCCCGUCAUCUACCUUACGGAGCCGUCCGUCGACUCGACGUACGACAACGGAGCAUCACAGCCUGCGUCCAGCGCACGGCCCGUGUCGCCGAGCAACGCCACGCUCGUCGACAUGCCGCUGGCCGCAACGCGCCGCUCGCUUGGCGACCGCGUGCGCGAGCGCAUCCGCGCCCUCGCACAGCUCAACGGCUUGCAGGCGGUUGCGGCCGAGCGCCAAGCGAGCUCGGCAGCUCAGACACAGCCGGCUGGUCUGCUCUGGCUCCCGCAUUCGGCCGCGAAGCCGGGCGCCUAACUGUGACGCGCCUACGUCUCGCGCCUGGAUCCCGUGCUUCACAUUCUUUACAUCUCUCGCACGCGUCCCACGCAAUCACAC